AUGGCUACUUCCAGCUCGAAUUCUCGGAGCCAGGUCAACACCCUCCCAAAUGCAGAGACUCAGGGUCUGACACUAUGUGUAUACGGCCAAGAUUUAGGAUCUUCUGCAUCUAAGGGAACUCUGGCCUAUGAAGAUGCCGUAGCCGAUGUCAACAGAAUCAUCCGAGUCCCUCUCUUUGGACCUGGUGACCAUCCUGAGAGGGUGCACCAGGAAGAAAGUAUUCCGCAAUUCAAGUUCUUUGCACAAGCAGCAGUAGAGGAAGGACGGCCCAUCGUGGGAAGAAUAGCCUCCGGUCAUGAUAUGUGCAUACCUUUGAAGACUAUUCUCGUGUAUGUGUCAGGAAUUCUGGAAGACAAGAUGUUUGAAGACCUACCCGGCGGAAAAGAGCUUCUGAAUGCUGUGCAUAAUGUCCCGAUCACUGUCGAUAUGAUGGAGACCGCUCUCAAGGCCCAUUUCCUUGAGCUGCAGAGGAAUGUUAGGGAACAAGCACGGGAGAAAGAUCUCUCCAUAAAUCAUAUUGUGCUGUCAUUUCCCAACUAUCUGCACCAACGAGAUUCUGACGAGCACGUUGAGGCCUACAUGAAAUGCUACACACACUUGAUGCAGUCCAUAUGGGGUAAAGAUAUUACCUUCCAUCGCAUCAUGGAAGGGCCCGCUAUAGCUCUGUAUCUAUCCGAGCCGUUUGAUGAGGGAACUUCCUUCCUACAGCGGAAGAGCCUAUCUGAGCUCUACCACAAAAUGAAACGCUCAAAUACGCUGAACCUGAUGAUUAUAGACAUGGGAGGAAGCAGUGUGAAUAUUCAGGUGAUCAAUCAAUACUAUGAUAAAAAUGGGAAUUUCGAGUGUAGUCAAAUGAGCGAUGGCCCAGACUGGGCUAAAGGUACGAAAGGUGGAAGUGACCUGAUCAACAGUCAGAUCAAAGCAGCCGCCAAAGCAAUGCUUGGGUCGAACAUCUCACCCGGCGUGUUGGCGGCUAUUAUCAAUGAAUUCGAAACAAAAAAGUACGGGCUUGAUUUUGCCUUGGACUCAACGGACUCAAGCUCACAAGAGAUCAAAGUCAAAGGGAAACAAAGAUCUGUCCUCAGAUUGAGAGGAAAAGACGAUUGCAACUACUGGGUAAAUAUCCCUGCCCGUCAAGUCCAAGAGAUAUUCAAGAGCGUGUUCGAACCCGGACGGCAAGUAUGGAAUGCCGAGAUCGAAAGACAGCUCGGGUUUAAGAAACCCUUCAUCGCUCUCUUUUGUGGAGGUAGCUUUGCUAGUAACAUACUGAGAGAACAAACGAAAAAGGACAUGGACAAAUACAAGAUGCAGGCAGAGAAAGAGGGGAUGGAUUUUGAAUACGAAUUCCUUCAGCGGUUCGACCAUCAAAGUGCCUCAGCGGUAGCCUCAGGGAGUGCCAUAUCCAUACUACGUGUGCCUCCAGCAAGGGUGGUCAUGAAUGGCUCAGCCGUCCUGAUCCAGGGACUCUAUUCGCCAGGACACCACUCAACCGAUUGGAUAGGAAAGAACCACGCCAAUGUUCUUUUCCAUAAGGGACGUGACGGUCGAGCACGCGAAUUUGAUUAUUUUGACAACACGCGUAAGGCAUCAUCACUUCGUGGGUUCCGCUUGAUCUGCGAUCCCAAUUACCACGAAUCUAUCCGGGACAACGGCACUGCCCCUGAUGUGGUUCCCGUCCCUCCAGGCCUUGCCACCUGGAAUGGGCCCAUGGGCCUGUAUGAUCUGGGGUUCGAGGUCUCGGGUAAAGAUCUCCCGCCAGGUAACAUUCGUUUCACCAUCGAGGGCAGAUUUCUCAAUGAGCUCGCACGGACUGAAGUCAAAACGACGGAAGACCCUAUCAAGCUCAUAAUAACCUGUCAGAAAUUGUCCAGAGAAGGUGGUAAAGUUGUUCACCACCCUCUCAGCAAGAGAUGGAUCUUGACAUUGAGGACACACCCUGAGUGCAAACUUCUCAAUGUGAGUAAAGACGAAGUCAUACGGUGUCCUUUAUGGUGCAGCAUUUGUGGUAAGGAGAUCACGUUGGCAGGUUAUGUGUGUCAGGAGUGCAAAAUUGACACCGAUAUGUGUGUUGGUUGCUAUUUUCCGGCAGAAUGA